UUAAACCAACUACUUUAACACCGACUCGGCGGCAGAUGGUGGACACGGCGCGGGGCUGCGGCGGGGACAGCGAGGGGAUGCGCCAGCCGCGCUCCUUCCUCCUCCAGCACCACCUCCUCCUCCUCCUCCCUUAACCCCACAGCCACCCCAAAUCCACCCCGACCCCGGGCUCCUCUCGCCGAUCCCGGCUCCCCUUUUCUCGGCUCCCCCCAUGAGCCGCCCGGCUCCCCCGCCGCCUCGCCGGGCCGCCGCGCUCCUCCUGCCGGCCGCCCGCUGCCGCAGCGCCCCGGCCAAGCGCCUGCCGCCGCUCCCCGACGGCCCCAACGAGGAGGCUCCGGCUUCCAAGUGGCCUCGCUUGGCCGAGUGCCCCUCCGGCCCCCCGGAUUGCCUCAGCGCCCCUUCUUCGCCCUGCGCCCCGUCCUCGCCCGCCGGAGGGGCGGCGGGACCCAGCCUCAUCGCCUCCUACCUGCUGCUGCCGCUGGCCGAGCGGGAGCAGGUGUCGAGGGCGCUGAGCGUCAGCUCCGGCAGGGAGCUCCGCUGUAAGGUGUUCCCUCUCAAACACUACCAGGACAAGAUCCGGCCGUACAUCCAGCUGCCGUCACACCGCAACAUCACCGGGGUGGUGGAGGUGAUCCUCGGGGACACCAAGGCCUAUGUCUUCUUCGAAAAGGACUUUGGGGACAUGCACUCCUAUGUGAGGAGCUGCAAGAGGCUGAGGGAAGAGGAGGCUGCCCGGCUCUUCAAGCAGAUCGUCUCGGCCGUAGCCCACUGCCACCAGUCGGCCAUCGUCCUCGGUGACCUCAAGCUCAGGAAAUUUGUCUUCUCCAAUGAAGAAAGGACUCAGCUGAGGCUGGAGAGCCUGGAGGACACGCACAUCAUCAAAGGCGAGGACGACGCGCUCUCAGAUAAACACGGCUGUCCCGCCUACGUCAGCCCCGAGAUCCUCAACACGACGGGGACUUACUCGGGGAAGUCGGCCGACGUGUGGAGUUUGGGAGUGAUGCUCUACACCCUGCUCGUGGGACGCUACCCCUUCCAUGACUCGGACCCUAGUACUCUGUUUUCCAAAAUCCGCCGUGGACAGUUCUGUAUUCCUGACCACGUCUCCCCCAAAGCCCGAUGCCUCAUCCGCAGCCUCCUGAGGCGGGAGCCCUCCGAAAGACUCACAGCCCCGGAGAUCUUGCUUCAUCCUUGGUUCGAGGCGGUCUUGGAGCCUGGAUAUACAGACCAGGAGACGGGAACUUCUGAUCAAAUUGUUCCAGAAUACCAUGGAGACAGUGACGAUAUUAGUUCCUUCUUCUGCUAAUCGGAAAUCUCAAGAACCUCGCUGUUCUCACCUCUGGCAUCUCCGUAGGGUUUCAUUAUUUUAUUUUAUUUUUUUUUUCCACGUUACAAACUCACAGCAUCUUAAAGUGCCAGUAUGAUCAGAAAAGUGACCUUGUUGAAAAUAAACGUCAGCCCGUCGAUCUCCGCUCCCUGAGCGUGUGCUCGGAGGCUCGGCCCGCCCACUCGCUCUGCCGCUGGGCUCGUCCCGCUGGCCCUGGAGGACCCGUGCAGCUUCAUGAGAGCCUCCUGGCUCUUCUUCUGCCUCCCUUGGCCUUCACUGCUGUCACCGGCUGCGUUUUGGUUGCAGAGUCUUAUUGCUGGCGACGUGAGAGACUCGAAGCCAGCCCUUGGCUUUCCCCUCCUGCCGCAGUGGCUCGGGGAUGUGGACAGUGAUGUGCAGAGGGUGGGGGGGGCACAGGACAUGUCUCUAACUGAGCAAAUCUGACAAAAAAUGUUUCUUUCGGGGAGAAAAAAAAAAAAAUAGGUGGAGGGGGAAUUGACUUGGCAUCUUGCAAAGUAGCUUUCUGACUGUAAGUGCACUUUAGUGAGGGAAGGUCUCCACCGGCCAUGUCCAGCUACCUGCUUGUUGCCCCAGCUGGUUGCUUUUCCCUAGGGACGAAGCUGUUAGAUCCUCCUGUAAGGCAAAUCGCUGCUGCGAUCACUACUGUGACCCUUUCUGACGCAGAGCAUAGCUGAUCUCCCAGCUGGAUCCCCUCUGAUGCCAUUUGCUGAACACAAAAUCAUUUUAAAUAGCCUUCAGCCUCAAGUUACCGUGGCGUGUCCCGUACGACUUCGUGCCCUCAGCGAGCUGGUCAAGUAGCAGGUCUCGUUAGCUCCCAGUGCCAAAAGGUAUCCGUUUACCAAAACGUAACACUAUCGGGUGGGGCACCUUCCCUUGGACAGCGAUAAGGGGUAUCUUGUACAGUAUAUGUAAACACGUUCGUGUCUUCCUACGGGCUCAAUUCUUAGGAACAGCACAUCCCCUCUCCUUCCCCCCUUGCCCCCAGAAAGUUAGUCUUAAGAAUAAAAUCUCCGUACACGCUUAAGUUGAUUAUUCAGGUAUGUUGUUGGCCUCUGGCUACGUAUUUUUCCCCCCCCUCCCCUUAAAUUUUUUGUUUUGUUUUGCAUGAUUAUUCAUAGUCUUUCCAAUGUGCGUGGAUAACCAAUAGACCUAAAUCAUUAGCUUCCUGGGUUUGGGGGUAAGUAAAGCUUAGUCCUGCGUAAAACUUCUGCCAUGUUUCCCAUCUGGUGCCCGGCGGCUUAGAUGAAGAGGUGGCCGUCUGCAGUGGGCGAGGAGGAGGCGUCCGUGGUGGCCCCGAGGUGGGUGACGGACCCCACGGGCGCGGCGCAGAGCGUGGACUUGUCCCGCGCGCUGCACGAAUACCAUGUAUACCUCAUGGACUGUGUACUUUGUACAUACCUUACUGUGUGGGGUUUUGUUGUUUUUUUGUUUCUUUUUUUUUUUUUUUUUAAUCGUACUUUGUUUGUCCUAAUAAGAGGUGUCAAAGAGCAAUUUAAUGUGAAUUAUUGUUGGCAAUACUAACUUGACAGAAUCAUGAGCAUUAAGAGCAGGGCGCUACAGCUCUCCGUUGCACUAAACUUCUCAUGAUUGCUUGACUUUUGUAUCUGUGAUACAGUUUAACCCUUCUAUGGAAAAGAACAGUACAUCUGUGUAUAUAUUGGUAGAAAAAUCUGCCAGAAAAGCUAAAAACACUAUGUCCAACUUGUAAAUAUCUGUAUAUAUAUGUGGAAACCUGGAUGACAAAGUCUGACUUGUAGAAAGUUUUAAUAAACUUGGUUUCAUAAUG